GUGGUAGUUACUGUUGAACAAGGUUAAAUGAUGUGUAAAUGUCUUUCUAGAAAAAUUGUUGAAAAGUAGAUCAUAUGGUAGAUCAUUAACAGUCAAUUAACAAUCAUGAAACAGAUAUUAAGAAGAAAGAAUGAUUAAGAAAUGGCUGAGAGCGAAAAGAAACUUUCUUUCACGUUUAACAAGACGUUGAAGAAAGGUAGUAUACCUAAGAAACUUCCAAAAAAAGGAGAACUAAUAGAAUAUAUUGAAAAUAAGUCCAUUAAAUUAACGCAUCAUAAUGAAGAGACAUCUCCUACAUCGUUAGUUAUUAACAUUGGAGCAUCACGAAAUAUUUCGGAUCGCAUAAGAGAAGCUAGAGAAAAAAGAUUAACAAGCAAGUCUCUCAAGAAUGAUAAUGAUAACCGACCAGAUUCAGAGCUCACUUUGGAUGAACUUGCAGCAAAAGAACUUCUUCAAGAUUCUCAAAAUAAUAAAAAAACGAUUAUAGACCUGCCACAACUUAAAGAAAACACUGUUGUCUUAGAUGGUAAAGAAGAAUCUUCUUUGAAAGAUUAUGAGGAUGUACCAAUAAGUGAAUUUGGUUUUGCCAUGUUGCGAGGAAUGGGAUGGAAGAAUGGAAUGUCGAUAGGAAAAAGACAAAAAGUUCCUUUAAAAAUAAAAGAACCUACUUUGAGACCAAAAGGAAUGGGUUUGGGAGUUAGUAAAUUAUUAAGCAAAACUUAUGAUGAUGAUAAAGGCAAAAAUAUUGAAGAAGAAAUAACUAAAAAGGGCACACUUGUAAAAGUAAUAGCAGGACGUUAUAAAGAUUGUUUUGGUGAAAUACAGAGCCUGGAUGAUGAGUCUGGAAGAGUAAUUGUUAAAACAGCUAAUGACUUAAUUUUAUCAUUAACAGAAUAUUUAAUUGAACCAAUUACAAAAGCACAAUAUGAAGCAAUGUUGAAAUUAUGAGAUUAUUAAGGUACAUAGUAAUAUGUUUCUCUAUGUUUUGAUAAUAUAACAUGUAUUUCAUCAAAUGAUAUUAAAGUAUAUUUCCUUCUAAAUAAAA